AUGGAUCUCACACAAUCUGGCCGCCAGCGUGGACGAAUCUUGCGCCGCUUCUUCGAGCUUUUGGUUGAAAACAAGGAAGACAUUGGCAAGAUCAUCACAGCCGAGAAUGGCAAAGCCAAGGGUGACGCCGAGGGAGAAGCUCUCUUCUCUGCCGGCUUCUUCGAGUGGUUCUCCGAAGAGGCACCCCGCAUUUACGGCGACGUCAUUCCUCACAGUAAUCCUUCCUGCCGUACACAGGUGUUGAAGGAGCCUGUGGGUGUCUGCGGUCUUAUCACCCCGUGGAACUUCCCAAUGGCCAUGGGAGCCCGCAAGGUGGCCGCUGCCCUGGCUGCCGGGUGUACCGUUGUGAUGAAAUCCGAUGGUCUGACCCGAUUCGCCUCCAAUGUGUUGGCUGUUCUUGCCGAGCGCGCAGGUGUGCCGAAGGGUGUUUUCAACGUGGUGACCGCUCUCGAGAACACACCCUCUCUGGGACUGACUCUCUGCGAGUCGGAUAUUGUCAAGAAGAUCUCCUUCGCCGGCUCGACGCGGGUUGGAAAACUAUUGAUGCAGCAGUCUAGAGGCACUCUGAAGAAGCUGAGCCUGGCGCUUGGUGGUAACGCGCCUUUUAUCGUGUUCGAUGAUGCCGACGUUGAGACUGCGGUGGCUAGCGCUAUUAUUAGCAAGUUCAAGGUCACUGGACAGACAUGCGUGUGUGUAAACAGGUUCUUCGUUCAGGAAGGCAUUUAUGAGGAGUUUUCGAAGCGAUUUGUUGAGGAGAUGAAGAAGGCACAAGUUGGCGACGGGCAAGAUGCCGCCAUGACACACGGUCCUCUCACCAAUGGCGUGGCCAAGACUCAGGAGCACAUCCAGGAUGCCGUGAGCAAGAAUGCCACCGUUCUCCUGGGCGGUAAGAGCCUGCCUUCAGUUGGCAAGAACUUCCACGAACUCACCAUCUUGGGCAACGUCGACGAUUCUAUGAAGGUUGCCACUGAAGAGACGUUCGGUCCGGUCGCAGCCCUUGCCAAAUUCUCCACUGAGGAGGAGGUUAUUUCUCGCGCCAAUGACUGUGAGGUUGGUUUGGCAUCGUACCUCAUGACCAAUGAUUUGGGCAGGGCACACCGAGUCUCUGAGCGAUUGGAGUUUGGCAUGGUUGCUAUAAACACAGGAGUUAUCUCUGACUCUGCUGCACCAUUCGGCGGUGUCAAGCACUCUGGAAUGGGCCGUGAGGGCAGUAAGUAUGGUAUUGAUGACUAUAUCAACAUCAAGAUGAUUGUUACUGGAGGUAUCAACACUGUGUACUCGGCCUCGCUGUAG